AUGGCCGCUCGUUUUCGUGUUAAUCUUGUUGAAAUGGACGAUCUUCAACGGGAAAUUAUUGUUCGUUCCCGGGACAGUAGUUGUUUACAAGAUUUACGACGAACACUUGAACGCAGUCGUGAAAACUUGAAUGCAGUGUGUGAGAAGGAAACUCCAAUUAUAGCUAAUCUUACAAUGCCCCCACCUCCACUUUUUCAAGCACAAUCAUCUUCCAUUUCUAUUGUAUCUCAACCACCGCCUCAAUCAUCAUUAGCAUCUUCACAAUUUCCUUCUAUUUCUCAACAACUUCAGAGUUCUGCGCAAUGGACGCAAGCAGCAGCCAUUUCUGCUAGCAAUGGACGAAGACCCUCGCCUACAAAAAGGUUUUUUUUGAUAUUUAAGAAAGUAUUUAUAAUCUUAAAAAGCGAAUUUCCUUUGGCAAAUGUUGGAGGUCAAUUUCAACAAAAAAUUCCAUCACUUCUUCCAGAAUUGAUAAUGUCAGCAAAUGCUCCUUCACUUUCUGUCACUGGGCCUCCACCAAGCUUCUCAUCACAAAGAGGUGGACUCUCUACUACACAGCCAGUUUAUGGUGGAGUUAGACGUGAACAUCAACCACCAUCCCAAUUUUCUGAUAGUAAUCGUUCCCGUUGGGCAGAUCGUUCAGGACGAAGAGGCGGCCCCUCUCACCGUUUGGGAAAUAAUCAACGCUCAGGUUCGAAAUCGCCGCCAUCCUCUUCCCAGUCAUUUUCGAGUCGAAGAAGGGCCCGAACUCCACCACCAAGCCAUCGUAGAGUAACACCAACUCUACAACAUAGAACAACAAUACAAAGAGAACAACAACGAGAUACAAAUGUCUCUACAACUAGUGAAUUCCCUCCACCUGAAAAGAAAAAACGUGUGGUAGAUGAGUCAGAAUUAAGUGAGGGGGAAAUACUAAGUGAUGAUGAAUGAGAAUUUUUUUG